AUGGAACGACAUGGGCCCCAGACUGGAGCCAGGUACGAAGAAUCUGCAGGAAUGAAGCCGGCGAGCUGGUGGACAGAAUGGUGGGAGGUGCUUGGCAUGCCGAUCCGGACAAGGAUAUGUCCCUCCUUGAUCCAGACGAACACGACCGCACAAAGCUGUCACGUGAGAAACUGGCCAAGCUUGCCCUUCACAUCGCUAUGGCCCGAACCGACUGCACAAGGUAUGUCUUCGACGUAUGUGUCUUACCCCGCCCUCAAGGGGUUGGGGUCGGCAGAGGAAACGUUGGAUGCUGUGGCCAAGGUGUUUCAUGAGUGCACAGAGGCCAGUGGGCGACCGCCCAAUGGCUUGGCGUUCGACGGAGGCAGCAACAAGGCCCGCAUCCUCCAGACCCUUUUAUUAGGUCUUCUCGAACCAGAGAAGAUGCAGUCGCUGCCCUUUUUCAGCCAGUGUUCCGUCAAGACAAUCCCGAAGCUUCCCUGCUGGGGCUUUGGAUACCUGACGUACAAGGACGAGAUCUUGGUCGCGAUGAACGGAGCCUGGCACUGGCAGAAGCGGUACAGCCUAGCUCACUUGUCGGGAUGUCGCAAGAUCCGACAUGGCGCUGUCUUUGUGGACUUGUCCUGCGAGCUCUCAUGCGGCUUGCCGCAUUCAGCGUACCUGGCAUCGGACGUGCAGUCGGAUUUGGCCGCAUGCCAGAGGCUGAGCCCGCCUUACACAGGCAAGACGUGGUGCAGUCCAGCUGUGAAUGUCCACAGCCUGAUAGGGGCUCUGGUCUGCUCGUGCACUACGGGGUCAGUUGGUUUCUCGCAAGAAGAUAUCUGCUUGAACGCUGCUGCUGGGUAUUACCUGCUACUCAUGCAUCGCAGCGAAGCCGGCCGACAGUGGUUGAAGAGCGUGUAUCGUGGCCAGCCGAGUUUGAAAGAUUACCUUCAUGCCUGCCGCUCUCUCUCAGCACGGCAGGCUCGGCAGCUAGACGGCCAGUCAGUCGAGAGGCUGCAGGACCGGGCGUCCAGUUUCCCAAGAUCCCCGAUGCCGGAAGAUGUGGUGACAAAGCUCUGUCGCAAGGCCUUCGCCGCAGCAUUGCAGACACAGUCAUUCAUCUCUGAUGGCCGGAGCACCACGGAAAUCUACGACACCUUGUUGAAGUUCUGCGGGGCAGAAGGGGAGAGCUUCUUCGGCACUGCCAUCGGCGAGUCCGCUUUCGACAUCAUGGACAUCACCCCUGAGACAUCCGAAUGGCUCCCUGUCGAAGAGACGGAACACAAGUCCCAGCAGCAGGUGGAGGCCAUGCAGCUGUUGCACACGGUAAAGGACAGAGCCAAAGUCUUGGAGGAGAUCCAGCUCCUUGAAGCAUCCGAUGCAUCAGAUGCUCACCAGCCUGCUUGCCAGCCUGCAGAGGAGAACGUGGGUGCACAACCUGCUUGUCAGCCUGCAGAGCAGAACGAGGAUGCACAACCUGCUUGCCAGCCUGCAGAGGAGAACGUGGAUGCACAACCUGCUUGCCAGCGUGCAGAGCAGAACGAGGAUGCACCGCAGGACCCAGAGCUCGUGGUGGAGCUUGCACCGGAGAGCGGCAAGGAGUUCAACCUGGACCACGAGACAGGUCAAGGACAGGCUGCUGUGCUCAAACGGCUGCUGCACAUGGCCCCCUUCAUCCGAAGCUUCACCAGGCAUGCCAGGCUCCAAGAAGCGGUUCUUUCAGCAGCCACUCUGAAUGAGUGCAAAGGCCCGCUGAACGAGUGGAAUCGUCGUGAGCACGAGCUCGCUGUUGCGAGGCGGGCUAUCAAUGCUAGUCAGGCACGCCUCUCCCGUGCCCAGGCUUGGCAUAUGGCGCUUCAGAAGAUGUCCAAGGAGGUCCAGGCCGUGAACAAGCAAGUCCACAAGAACGACCCGGGAAUCCAUGCCCCCGAUGUCUACUUCCCUGCGGGCGACCGGGUGCAACUGAUUGCUUUCCUCCUCGAGGACCGUGUGGCAGUGGGACUGGUGCUCAGUGCCUUUAGGGGAUCCUUGGUGAAGCGGCCUAAUGGCAAAGGUGCAGCGGAUGUCAUCGUCAAAACAGCUCGCCCCUUUCCGGAUGAGCUUCCAAGUGUGUCCACCAAGCUCGUGCAUGUGGCUGAGUGCAUCUACGAUGAGAAGCACAGUGAGUACUGCACAAGCUGUGCAGCGAGGUGCCUGCUUGUCGAUCCGGUGAAUUGCAUCUAUGGCCAGUUGACCGUUUCCGCUUCGAAGCCAUCCCAAACCAGGAUGCAUUUUCGCUUGAGCCCGGCAUCUAUGGAAAGCUUGCGCCUCUUGAAGCUGCGGGGCCGCUUGCCCGUUCAGCCGCUUCCAGAAGUGGCUGAGGGCGAAGAUGAUGCCGCUGCUGAGCCAGAGGAGCCCGACGCCCCGUCCCAGGUCUAUCACGACAGAUCCUUCAUGCGAGCGAGCAUGCCUGUGCAGGCCAGAAAGUUCAUGUCGGAUCUUGAAAGCUUGUAUCGCCGGAAGGGCUGGCCGUUUGUGGAAAGCGGAAUGGUUUAUCUGUCACAAACCAAAAGCGAGUCUUGGUCAGUGUUGCUGGAUCGAAUUCCGGGCUUCUUCGAGCAAGAGUUCCAAAAGCAUCAGGGCUAUCGGUUCAGCAGGGCGGUCCAUGCAUACCUCCAGACGCUGAUCCCUGAAAGAGACAGGCACAAACGAGAGGUCGAUCCUGACGUCUCACCGGGCACGUGCAAGAGGUCCUCGAGCACGAACUACGAGCGGCCCGUGUACCGGAGCCGGAGCUGGAGGUCAUUCUCCAUCUUCACCACUGCAUUGGAUACUGGUGUAACCUCCGUCGCCUGGCUGCAAGAGGAUGCCACGGUGUUCGCGGACGAUCUCUUGAUGCAGUGGAUCUUCCACGGCGUCCAGGAUCUGGAGCAUAUGCUGGGCACCAUUGCGCACUGCUUCCGGAUCUUAGCUCAGCUUGGCCUUCAAGUCCAGCAUCGGAAGACACAACUCAUUGUGGCGUAUAAAGGACGGCAGGCAAAACAAUGGUGGCGCGCUCACACGGCCUCCACUUCGGAGGGCCGCUUCCUACUCAUACCCCAGCCAGGACACAAGGCGCUCCGACUGCCCAUUGUUACGCAGCUGACGUACCUAGGUAUAGUCCUCUCUUACACCGAUGCCACAACUGCCACGGUUGAGCACCGAUUGCAGGUGGCCGAGGCGCAGCGAGCCCGGCUUCUCAAAGCCCUCAUCGUUCAGGCGGACUACCUGUCGCGUCUUCAGAGCGAUCACACCGUCAUCUUCACGUUUCGGACAGGCAGCGGCCCACAGUUGAUGGUGCCGCUCCUUCAGGAGUCCCAGGUGAAGGCCCAAGAACUGGGGUGGAUUACGUCGGACAUGGAAUACAAUUUCUUGGACUGGGACUUCGAGGAGAAGAAACUCGUCCCCCGACAGGCGGAGACGCUCACCCAAGACCAGAUUCUGGCGGACGCCAGGCGUCUCAAGACCUUGUUGAAACAUCCGGAUCUGAUCCUAAAGUUCAGUGGCGGCCGCAAUACCAAGCCCGACUCGACAUCAGAAACAGCGACGUUUGUGUUGAGCUGUCCAUGCAGCUACCCGAGGCAGCAGAGGCGAUGGCGAUCUUCCGGAAAUGGUAUGCCAACUCAGCGCUCCUGCUCCUCUCUCUCCGGCUCAAACCGGCCCGCCCAGAGCGGUCGCCGUUGA